ACACGACACGUCACAUGAGCAGUGGCGUCGCCGACUGUGCUCGCUUUAUGCCUUGUCGCCUGUCACGUGUCACUCCCCCUACUUCCUCUCGCCCUAUUUAUACCUCCUCUUCUGGGGCGAUGAGCCAUAGAACAACGCAAAGUGGUCGUGGUGAGUGGUAGUGUUGUCUGCAGUGAGAGAGAGAGAGAGACAGAGAGAGAGAGAGAGGGGGGGGAAGGGUCGAAUGGAAGGAGAAAAGAAGCCAUCGUCAUCUUCGAUUGCCGAUGAACUGUUAGACAUCAGGAAGAGUGCGGGGACGCCCGCCGAUUCCUCCUUUUCCUCUUCUUCUUCUUCAGCCUUGUCGCCCGGCUACUUCAGCAGUGUCUUCCCCACUGAUUCCACGGAGAUGUCUAAGGAUUCAGCAGAGAGUGACUUGUUCUGGACCUCCAGCGAGCGAAGGACAGAUGAUCUGAUCGGGAACGCUCAGGCCGCUGCAGCAGAUGGGAAAUCUCAGGGAAGUCCCAGCAGAAGGCAAACUACGUGGACCAAGGAUGGUAAACCAGUCGAUCCCAAUCAAUCAGAAGAAUCGACCUACUUGUGCUCAUCUGUGCACUAUGGUGGUCGAGAUUUCUAUGUCAGCUCUCCUUCCAACCAAGUCUCUGGAGCUCCAAAAAGUGAUAAAAAAGCUGAUGAAGGGGAUGAUUCAGGUGACGCUAACAUUGCUAACAGAGGUGAAUGGUGGCAAGAUGUUAUUAUUGAAGUGAUGAACAGGGGAGGCAACAUGAGAUUAAAAGUUGGUGUUUAGAGAGCUACUGCUGUCUCGGUGUGCUAGCUACUUACAGGAGUCAGCAUAACCACCAUAUGAAGUGUCACUUCCCAGUUCUUUCUCGGGGUCUUCGAUUCGCACGUCGUAAGAUACUACUGUCUAUGUACGAAGUAAUUGUCUUUGUACGUAAUUUCAGGUUUGGGCAGCAGAGAAGCUGUUUCGAGUCGUCGCCUCCAGUUUUUACCGCAGUGUGGCUGUCAGGUUGCUCACAAAUGUAUAUUUUAAUGCACAUGAUAAGCUUUUAUUAGUGGUUUGUUUGGAUGAGGAGCUUCCAAAAAUGAGUGGGCAGUGGAAACAAUCUCCACCGACUCCCCCAUAUAAGAAUUAUCUUUGAGUUAUACUUAAAUCAAUAUGAUUAUGGGCCACAAUGAUCCCUUUUUUUUAUUAAAACAAAAAUGUAACACGUUAACUCCAAAAUAUCUACUAAACUCCAUGGGAUUUGCUUAUCCCAUCUAAUCAGUUUCUCACUUUUUCUAAAAUAUCAUAUUGUAAUCAAUAAAUUCUGAAAGCAUUCCUCCUCGACACGUUUAGAGCAUAAAAAAUAUUAUUUUUAUUUCUAAUAAUACACCCUAGAGAUGAAAGAGAGGAUAUAGGGUGAAAUGGGUCAUCACGUUCAAGCGAGGGGGGCUUAAAUGUUAAGCAAGACAAAGUGGCGGGUUGGUCGGGUGGGUGCACGACAACUAAUGAGUCCAAUGUAAACUAGGGUUUCCUCUUCACCUCGUCGUCCGUCCUCCAGUUUACUAAUCCCACAAAAGGAAACCCUAUAUUCCACGCCCUCUACGUCUCCACUUUCCUCUUCCAACCAUGUUCUGAUAAAGCCAUCUCUUCCAUAAGAGAAGAGAAAGGGCAGGCCAAAACCUAAACCCACCCUUCUCCUCCUUGAUCGCUCAGUCUCCCUCCUCCUUUUAACUACCCGCUUCCGAGGAAGCGCUCGUCGAGUUGCUUGUUUGGUUGUUGGCCAUUAUUGUUGUGGUUGUGUUUGAUGGCGAACGCGUGCGAGGACGGAGCGCUUUGGCCGCCUUCGGAGUUCCUCCGCGGCGACUGCAUCCGCCAGGGAGGAGCCAACGCGGGCUUCGCAGGGUCUCGCUUUCCCUGUGAGUCCCGCGUAGGUUGUGAUCCCGUUACAGAGAGCGACUACAUGGCCAGGCUCUCCCAUCAGAUGGCUCGCUGCUUUCCCCAGGACGACGAUGACGUAAAGAAGCCGUAACUUCUCAUUAGCGACGAAGCCAUGAGGGGCCUCGAGUCCGCUGACAUGGGUGGUAGGGCAUGGGGCGCUUGCUGCAGUCCGCGCUCUGCCUGCGGUCCGCGUCGACCAAGAGGAGCCCCGAUAGCCCCUCGUUGGUCUCGUCGUCUCCGCUGGAGCAGCGGCACAAGGACGAGCCCUGCGACCUGCUCCGCGAUCUCGGUCGCUGCCAGAGCCUUUACGACCACGGGAUGCUUGGCCAGCCGAAGAGCACCACCGGAGGAUACUACGCCUCAGGCCCGGUUCUCACCCGUCAUCGACUACAAGCAGCUUAUUUCUAUCACCUGAAGCGGCAGCAAAUGAUGAAACAGCAGCUCUGCGCGGCCUGGGAAAGGCAGAGCAAACCCGGGUGGCCACUGGACCUAUCUUCCUCCGCGUGGCCGCCUUCGCUGCCGGCCUCUGGGAUGCAUGCCGUCUUCCUCAACAACUCCAGGGCCCGGAAAGAGUCCGCCGGCACCGGCGUCUUCCUGCCCCGGACUGCCGACAACAUGCUCGAGCGACGGAAAAGGGCCGCCUGUUCGACCGUUCUGGUUCCUGAUCGAGUGGUGCAAGCAUUGAACCUGAGGCUGGAUGAGUUCGCAGCGCAGCAACGCUUCCCCGGUGGCUUCGUUCUGAGUCGUGAGGCUCUCAUCGGUCGAAGUGGGGUGGUGCAGGCACAGUCACAUCAGAGAAAGAAACAUCACCUCACCCCGCCCAGCGGACUCCCGCAGCAGCCAGCACAUGAGAUGGGGCUCCCCCAGCAGUGGACAUACUGACAUCACCUUCCUCCGUGUCGUUUGUAGCCCAUCACGCGAGAGGGCACGUCGCGAUGUGAGCUUUGCCUCAGCUCUGGUGAUGCUGGGCGUGUGAUGGGUUGCCAUGAAUGCGCUGUGUACGCACGGAGGAGGCGGGCGCAUCGGACGGCAUUGGUUCGGUGCGUGCCAGCGCAAAUGUCGAGGCUACAAGGGCCUUUGCCCACCCACGUUGUCCGAGCCACUCGGUGCGGGAGUGUUGGACCAACAGCCACGGUCUUUUAGCAUUACGAUCGUGAUUAUGAUAUCACGUCGACUCCAUUGCUGCCUUCACAAGUGUAUUCGGACUGCAAUGCUUUGAUGAUCGUAUAAGUAGAUACUUAUUGGGUCAGAUUGUAUACGGAUGAACUCAUCAAAAAAAUUAAAAUAAUAUUCUGAAGUGAAGAAAGAUUAAGA